AUGUCUGGAGCGAUUUUUGCGCCUCUGGAGGGCCUAGGUGCCCUGGAUGCUGCGAGUGGCCAUCCACUCGUGUGUCCGCUGUGCCACGCACAGUACGAGCGCCCGUGCCUGCUGGACUGUUUCCACAACUUCUGCGCUGGCUGCUUGCGUGGCCGGGCCACCGAUGGCCGCCUGUCCUGUCCACUGUGCCAGCACCAGACUCUGGUGAAGGCUCCCAGUGGCCUCCCACCAGUGGACCGGCUGCUGCAGUUCCUGGUGGACAGCUCUGGGGAUGGCGUGGAGGCCGUGUGCUGUGCCAACUGUGACCUGGAGUGCAGCAAGCAGGACUCAGAGACCACCUAUUUCUGCAACACCUGCGGGCAACCCCUGUGCGCGCGCUGCCGCGAAGAGACGCACCGCGCGCGCAUGUUCGCGCGCCACGACAUUGUAGCCCUGGGCCAGCGCAGCCGCGACGUGAUCCAGAAGUGUACGCUACAUUCGGAGCCCUACAUCAUGUUUUCCACCGACAAGAAGUCGCUGCUGUGCAUCCGCUGCUUUCGGGACAUGCAGGGGGAGAGCCGGGCCCACUGUGAGGACCUGGAGUCCGCUUACGUGCAAGGUUGCGAGCGGCUGGAGCAGGCGGUGCUGGCAGUGAAGGCCCUGCAGACAGCCACGAAAGAGGCCAUCGCGCUGCUACAGGCCAUGGUGGAAGAGGUGAGGCACAGUGCCGCCGAAGAAGAGGCAGCCAUCCACGCACUCUUUGGCAGCAUGCAGGACAGACUGGCAGAGAGGAAAGCGCUGCUACUGCAGACUGUGCAAAGCCAAUAUGAAGAGAAGGACAAAGCCUUCAAGGAACAGCUGACCCACCUGGCCUCCUUGCUGCCCACCCUACAGGUUCACCUGGUCAUCUGCUCUUCCUUCCUCACCUUGGCCAGCAAAGCUGAGUUUCUGGAUCUGGGUUAUGAGCUGAUGGAGAGACUUCAAGGCAUCGUCAGGCGGCCUCAUCGCCUAAGACCGGCUCAGAGCAGCAAGAUCGCCAGCGACCACCGCGCAGAGUUCGCGCGCUGCCUGGAGCCGCUGCUGCUGCUGGGGCCACGCCGGGCUGCGUCCACCGCGGGCGGCACCAACACGUUGGCAGGAGGCUCAGGCCCCAAGGUGCUGAAGACACCCAGCUGUCCCUCUCCAGUGGGAAAGAUGUCAGGGUCACCUGUCCAGAAACCCUUGCCACACCGUUCCACUAGCACGAAGGUGCUCCUGGCGGAGGGCGAGGACACACCCUUCACAGAACACUGCCGCCAUUAUGAGGAUUCCUUUCGGGGUCUGCAGGUGGAGGUGCAGAACCUGAAGGACCAGGUCCAGGAACUGCACCGAGACCUCACGAAGCACCACUCCGUCAUCAAGGCAGAGAUCAUGGGGGAUGUCCUGCACAGGUCCCUGCUGCUGGACACGCAGAUCGCUUCCCAGUAUGCCUCCAUAGAAGGCAUGAGAGCCAUCUUCCAGGAGAUUUGGGAGGAGUCCUACCAGCGAGUAGCUACCCAGCAGGAGAUUUAUGAAGCCCAGCUCCAUGACCUCCUCCAGCUGAAGCAGGAGAAUGCUUAUCUUACCACCAUCAUCAAGCAGAUCACACCCUACAUCCGCUCCAUUGCCAGGGUGAAGGAGCGGCUGGAGCCCAGGUUCCAGGUGCCUUCGGAUGAGAACGUGGAGCACCGGCAGAACAUGUAUGACGAAGGCAGGGAUGGCGAGAUCCCAGCCAGAACUGAUGCAGGAUGCACCAUCAAGAAAAGAGACAAGGCUUCUGAGCCCAGUGGAGGCGGCUGGGCCCUGAGCAGUCUCCCCGAAGGGCCUUCACUAAAGAACCAAGACCGCCUCAGGCCCAAGUUGGAAGGAGAUGAGAAGUGGGGAGCUGGCUCAGGGCCUAAAGGGGCUUGCUACCAAGCCUGA